AUGACCGGCAAGAAGAAACGCUCCUCUGCCCCGCUCUCCCCACCCUCUUCCUCCGAACCCGAACCCAUCUCGUCCUCUUCCUCUUCCUCUUCUCCACUGUCCAAUGAAUGCAAUCGAGUUUUCGGAAUUCUUCAUUAUGGGACCUACAGCGAGGCACUGGAAGCCGCCAAGUCCCUAGUCUCCAGCCACCCUGACUCCGCCCUUGCCAACGCCCUCAUCGCCCUCGUCCAUAAGGAUAUCGCGAUAUCGAUCAGCGACACAUCCAGUGUCAUAAGACACGAACACAUUGUCUCCGCCCUCUACUUCAGCAAUGCAGCCCUGGUGCUUUCCCCGGAUUCCAUCUCUUUCCCAAUGUUGCGUGCUGUGGUGCUGUUAACCAAUGAGCAAUACGAUUCCGCCAUCCAAGAAUGCGAGUCGGCUUUGUCCAUCGAGAAUCCAUUGGACCCCAUGCAAGAUAACUUGGGCAUCGUCCAAUACACUCCCCUAGAUUCAACCCUGGAGUCUCGAGUUGGGAAAGUGAGAACGAAACUCAGGGAGCUAAUAGCGAAAGCCAAGAAGUUCAAGUUCAAGAAGCUCGUGGAGGACAAUUCACUUGCAUUUCGAGCUUUACAAGCGAUAAAGGUAGAGAUAAACACAAGACUUGAAAAUGUGUGGCAGAGUUUAGUGGAACUGCCAUCACCGUCUACUUCAAGAAAACUACUCAAGAAAGUCUUGUUGAAUGUGGACGCUAUAGCACGAGCCAGGGCUUAUUGGAACAACGAGAUGAGCUUGGAGGCGAAGAAGGAAUUGUUGAGUGUCAGUGUCGAUGUGGAUUUCGAUAUGAAUAAAUCGAUGGGGGUGAAGGCAAAAGAGGUGUUGGCAGAGGCUGUGGAGUAUGCGAAGGAGACGAAGAAUUGGAAGUUUUCGACGUGUUGUUGUUGUGGCGAGAGGUUUUUUGAUGAAGAAUUGAAUAUGGAGCAUAUAAAGAUUGACCAUUUAGGGACUUUGUCCGAGGAGUUACAGUCUGUUGUGCCAAGAAUUUUACUGAAGUCAGAAAUUGAAAUCUGCGAUUGGAAGCCAGUGGACGUGGACGCUGCUGUGAAAUUGAUCGAAGAUUUGUCAAGAAAUGAGUCUGGAGAUCAAGGCCAAGAUAAGGGCAAGUCACAAGAUUUGACGUUGGAGAACUGGCCUUAUUGCAACGAUACCAACCGCGAGGAGAUGAUCAAAAGAAUUUGGACGAUUUUACAAGUGUUAAUAGGGGUCAAAUGUUUUGCUCCGAGUCAUCUCUAUAUGCUGCUGGACUUAAUAUUGGAAAUGCUGAAGAAUCGAAUCCCCGAAACACUGCUUAAGCAGCAUUGGAUGAAUAGGACGCUGGUCUCAGUGUUGUUUCUCGAUGAACCAGAGCUUAAAAGCGUCCGUGAAUUCAUCGAGGAAGAGCUUGAGAUUUCUUGUGGAUUAGGUGAUGUCUACUCUAGUUUCACGAUGGACAAUGCUAUGGAUGAUCUUACUAUUAGUCAUGAGAGGAUAAUUUUUAGCAAUGACUUGUCUCAUCUAAUUCUGCUGCUUGAUGAAACAAGUGCAAAAGCUUCUAGAAGUGUUGAUGAAAGCAGGAAUGCUUGUCAGGAAUAUAGAGAUGAUAUUGUUCAGUGGUUAUAUAUGGCUAGUGAGCCUAUUGGGGAGAAAUUGGAGGAGUGGGCAAAUUAUAGAAAAGCUAGCAAAAAUCUAGGAAUGGAUCUUUUCAAGAUCAUUGAGUCUGAAUUUCGCCGGCUACAGAAAAUUUGUGAGAGGAAAUACAAGUAUUUGAGAGAGGAGAAGCUGUGGCUGGAUAUGGAGGGAAUAUGUUUGGAAGAAGAUAAGAGAAGAGAAGAGAUUUCCGGCAAUCCACAGAGUUACAAGUCACUCUUGCUAAAGCGGCAAAAAGAGAUUCAGAUGGAGGAAUGUAAUGAUGAGACGGGUAGCAUGGAGUUGGAUAUCAUAGGGAGUAUUUUGAAAAAAGCACAAGCUGACAAUGACAUAAAUAUGUUAAUCCAGAUGCACAUUGAUCAAUUGUUUGGAAAGUGUUUCAAAUCCGAUGCUUUAAUCCUGGGUGCUAAUGCUUCCAUUCAGCUGACAUGGAAGAAACUUAAGAUGGCACAAUUAGAAGAAAUGGUUGACGAAGAUGCUACAAAGAAGUCUAAUGCUGCACUAGAAGAUUUGUUAUCUGGGCUUAAUCUUGAUGCCAAGAAGAACACUGAAAAAGGAGGUGAUGAUGCAAGGCAUGGACAGGGGAAAUCAAAGAAUAAAAAGAAGAAAAAGGAUCACAGAAAGGCUAAGGAAUUUAAGGCAACCGGUGGUAGUGAGGAUCAACAGGAAAAUGUGGAGCAAAAUUUGGUUCCAGCUGCACAUGGCACAGAUCAUCCUCUUAAUUCUGAGGUUGUUGGUUCAGUAACCACUGAUGAAUUAGAGCAAGAGGAAAGGGAACUUACAUGUACGGCUGAGGAAGAGAGUAGGAUUGAGGAGCAUCAAAGAAUGCUUGCAAGGCAUUUGGAGUACCAAAGGCAGAUUGAGAAUGAGGCCAAACAAAAGCGCCUUGCUGAGAUUGAUGAGGCUUAA